AUGACUACUCCCCUCGAUACCGAAAAUGCUCCCGACCUCAAGGUCGACGAGUCUCCCAUCUCCCCACUUGAACGUCGCAACUCCCUUGAAAAACACCUGGCACACCGUCCAGAUGCGCAGGACCUCAAGAACCGUCACAUUCUACUUGACACCAAUGCUGCUCCGGCUCUCCAAGCCAAACAAAUUGAACUCGAGCGUCAGCAGCAUUCGGACAGUUUGAAGAAGCACCUGGAGAAGCGUCCAGAGAGAGAGGAAUUGGUGGAACGUAACAUCCUACCAAACUCAUCCGCCGCCCCCGCUUUACAAGCCAACCAGAAGGAACUGGACAGGCGCAUGCGAGCGGACAGCUUGGAUAAAAAGAUCUCACAUCGGCCCACGGCGGAUCAGCUGGUCAAGGAGGGAAUUUUGGAAGAGAAUGAGAAUCCCAUCAAGGAAUAA